AGUGCGGAGCGCGAAGAACUGCUGGGGUGUGUGUCGCAGCAGCUCUUCCUCGGCGGUUUGCUGGGCUCCUGUUAUGGCUGCGGUGGUGGCGGCGGCCGUUGCCGAGGGAGCGAGCAUGAGUGCAGUUCCUGUUUCAGGUGCCGACAGCAACGGUGAGUCUCCUGAAGUCGAAGGAGAAGGUGUUGGAGCAGUGGGCGAAGAGAAGGACGCAGCCACGAAAGGAGCGGAGGCAGUUGGAGACAGCGAGGAGGACGGAGAGGAUGUGUUUGAGGUGGAAAAGAUCCUGGACAUGAAGACCGAGGGGGGUAAAAUCCUUUACAAAGUUCGAUGGAAAGGAUACACAUCAGAUGAUGAUACUUGGGAGCCUGAGAUUCAUCUUGAGGACUGUAAAGAAGUUCUUCUCGAAUUUAGGAAGAACGUCAUGGAGAACAAAGCUAAGCCGGUCAAGAAGGAUAUUCAGAGACUGUCCUUAAAUAAUGACAUAUUUGAGGCAAAUUCUGAUAGUGAUCAGCAAAGUGAGACAAAAGAAGAUACUUCUCCAAAGAAGAAAAAGAAAAAAUUAAGGCAUAGAGAAGAGAAAAGCCCAGAUGAUAUGAAAAAGAAAAAAGCAAAGACUGGGAAACUAAAAGAUAAAUCCAAACCAGACCUGGAGAGCUCCUCUGAAAGUUUAGUUUUUGAUUUAAGGACAAAGAAAAGAAUUUCAGAAGCCAAAGAAGAAUUAAAGGAAUCCAAAAAGCCCAAAAAAGAGGAUACAAAAGAAACUAAGGAAUUAAAGAAAGUUAAAAAGGGUGAAAUGAGAGAUUUAAAGAAUAAAUUAAGAGAAGAUUCCAAAGAAAACAGAAAAACAAAAAAAGAGAAAUGUGUUGAAUCUCAGUUGGAAGCUGAAUCAAGUAUACUUAAUGACUCCUCUUUUCAAGAAGAUGACAAUGAAGAUUUACAUUCGGACAACAGAGAAGAGAAACAGAAGAUUAAAAGCGUAAAAGAUAAAGUAGGGCAAGAUGCAGUUCAAGAUGUUUUUGAUAAACAGCCAGAUGGCUUUCUGAGUGCUGAUGAGGAUGCAGAUGUCAAAGCAAAGAGAAAAAGAAAGAAACUGAGAAAGACUGAGGAACUUAAAGAGAGCAAAACACUAGAAAACAGGAACCUUUUCCUAGAGAAGAAAACUAUAUAUAAGAAGCAAAGGAAUCAGGACAAAGGCAAAAGCACCACAGAGUUAGAUAAGUUGCCACCUGCACCUGUCCAGACACAAAAGAGUUCAAGAGCAGGUUUGGAAGAGAGAGGCCUCUGGUCCCCUGACUCAGGUGGGGAGGAGAAAGAGAUUAAAAAAAAUGAACCCAAAGAAAAAAACCAAAAAAGGCAUGAUUUGGACAAGGAAGAAAAAGGCCGUAAAGAGCCAAAGGGAUUAAAGACAUUUAAGGAAAUCAGAAAUGCAUUUGAUUUACUUAAAUUAACUCCAGAAGAAAAAACUGAAUUUCCUGAGAAUAAUCGGAAAAGAGAAGAAAUAUUAGACUGUAAAAUCACAGAAGAUCACAAAACCAAGGAAAACAAGCAGUUACUUAAAGAAAGGAGAAAUACAAGAGAUGAAACUGAUACUUGGGCAUAUAUAGCUGCAGAAGGUGAUCAAGAGGUUCUAGACAGUAUGUGCCAAGCAGAUGAGAAUUCUGAUGGCAGACAACAGAUUUUGAGUUUGGGCAUGGACUUGCAGUUGGAAUGGAUGAAACUAGAAGAUUUUCAAAAGCAUCUUGAUGGGGAAGAUGAGAACUUUACCACAGCAGAUGCAAUUCCAAGUAAUUUAUUGAGGGAUGCUGUGAAAAAUGGGGAUUAUAUUGCUGUGAAGGUUGCACUUAAUUCAAAUGAAGAAUAUAACCUGGACCAAGAGGAUUCAAGCGGAAUGACUCUGGUGAUGCUCGCCGCAGCAGGAGGACAAGAUGACCUGCUGAGGCUCCUCAUCAGGAAGGGGGCUAAGGUGAAUGGCAGACAGAAGAAUGGGACCACCGCCCUCAUUCAUGCAGCUGAGAAGAACUUUUUAACUACAGUGGCUAUUCUUUUGGAAGCAGGAGCUUUUGUUAAUGUCCAGCAGAGCAAUGGUGAGACUGCUCUAAUGAAGGCCUGUAAAAGAGGAAAUUCUGAUAUUGUACGACUUGUAAUUGAAUGUGGAGCUGACUGCAAUAUUUUGUCAAAGCACCAAAAUAGCGCACUGCAUUUUGCAAAGCAGUGUAACAACGUGUUGGUGUACGACUUGCUGAAGAAUCAUUUAGAGACACUUUCAAGAGUAGCAGAAGAAACAAUAAGGGAUUACUUUGAAGCACGUCUUGCUCUGUUAGAACCAGUUUUCCCAAUAGCAUGUCAUCGUCUCUGUGAGGGGCCAGAUUUUUCAACGGAUUUCAAUUACAAACCGCCACAGAACAUCCCAGAAGGCUCUGGCAUCCUGCUGUUUAUUUUCCAUGCCAACUUUUUGGGUAAAGAAGUUAUUGCUCGGCUCUGUGGACCAUGUAGUGUACAAGCUGUAGUUUUAAAUGAUAAAUUUCAACUUCCGGUUUUUCUGGAUAGUCAUUUUGUUUACUCGUUCAGCCCUGCUGCAGGCCUCAAUAAACUCUUCAUAAGGUUGACGGAAGCGCCUUCUGCCAAGGUUAAGCUGCUAAUAGGUGCAUACAGAGUACAGCUGCAGUGACGGAAUGGAGAGUUGGGAUGGAGAUCUUUCCAGAUCUGUUUUGGGACUCUGGCACAGCUAACACCUCCAGAUUUGAAGUUUCAUCUGUAAACCUCUUGCAGUUUCAGGCCUGUUAUCUGUUACAGGCUCUAAGACAGGACAUGGUGGUUCUAAUAUAUUAUAAAAUAUAGAUGUAAGUAUUUGUGCCAGUGUUCUGAAAUCUCGAUGUUGUCUCCAGACUGCAUAAUUCAGUUUUUCCACAAUGUGGAAUGGUACAUAGGAGAAUUAUUUAAGAAAAUUAAAAGUCUUUUUUCUAACUUGAAAUUUUCUACUAGCCCUGGUGAAUUUCUGCGUUAAAAACAAUUAAGUGUAUAUGUGAUAUUCAGGUUACCGAAGCACUAAGAGGUGUGAAUUUGCUGCCCUUGAAGGAUGACUUUCUAACUUGGUAGGCAGAUUCGAGGGAGGAGGUUGAGCUGUUUGUAAUAUACAGUUGCCACAGAUCCUGAACUGGAGGUGACAACUGUGUGUAUUUGCAGUCAUCCUUUAUUAUUCGAAAAGGUAAUAAAUCAGAAUCUAAGAUACAGCAAAAAAAAUGUAAGCCAGGACACUAUAGGGCCUAAAAGAAGAUAUUACUUGUGGACUUUUGUCCUUGUUCUUGGACUCCAUCAAGUAAUUUUCAAAAGCCAGAUCCUGUGCCCUUAUUAAACGAACACUGGGAAGGCCAGCCAAGGUUUAUUUGCCACACUGUGCCUCGUGUGAAGAGUUACUGCUUCUAGAGAUUCCCCACAGGUCUUUUAUAGUCUCUUACGAACUAUGUGGCCAAAUAAGAAGUCAGACUCAGUCUGGACUAUGGAGAUGUAUAAAAUUAUUUAGUUCCUGAUUGGUUUUAUAAUUUACAAUUUUAAUGAAAAAUUUUCAGACUGUCCUAUAGUAGACCACAUACAUUGUAUAGACAUUUCAGAGAGCCAUUUUUACUUUAC